CUGACUGUCGGGGCGCGCCAGCCAUGCAGCUCGGGCUUGGGGGGCUGACAGUGUGGGCCCUGUGGGGGCUGCUGGCCCCCUGUCUGCACGCCAACCCGGACGCCAAGCGACUCUACGACGACCUGCUGUCCAACUACAACCGGCUCAUCCGCCCGGUCAGCAACAACACGGACACGGUGCUCGUCAAACUCGGCCUCCGGCUCAGCCAGCUCAUCGACCUGAAUCUCAAGGAUCAAAUUCUGACGACCAACGUGUGGCUUGAACAUGAGUGGCAGGAUCACAAGUUCAGGUGGGACCCUUCCGAAUAUGGCGGGGUAACUGAACUCUACGUCCCGUCGGAGCACAUCUGGUUGCCGGACAUUGUCCUAUACAACAACGCCGACGGCGAGUACGUCGUGACCACCAUGACCAAAGCCGUGCUCCACUACACGGGCAAAGUCCAGUGGACGCCGCCGGCCAUUUUUAAGUCGUCGUGUGAAAUUGAUGUCCGGUACUUCCCAUUCGACCACCAGACGUGCUUCAUGAAGUUCGGCUCGUGGACUUACGAUGGUUUCCAGAUCGACCUGAAGCACAUCAACCAGAUGGCCGGAGACACUGGGGACAUGGUCGAAGUGGGCAUCGAUCUCAGAGAAUACUACCCCUCCGUCGAGUGGGACAUCCUUGGGGUGCCUGCAGAGCGACACGAGAAGUACUACCCCUGUUGCGCUGAACCCUAUCCAGAUAUUUUCUUCAACAUCACCUUGAGAAGGAAGACCCUGUUCUACACAGUGAACCUGAUCGUGCCGUGCGUCGGUAUCUCGUACCUGUCGGUGCUCGUUUUCUACCUGCCGGCCGACUCGGGCGAAAAAGUGGCCCUGUGCAUUUCCAUCCUGCUGUCGCAGACCAUGUUCUUCUUGCUCAUUUCCGAGAUCAUCCCGUCGACGUCGUUGGCGUUGCCGCUGCUGGGCAAAUACCUGCUCUUCACCAUGGUGCUUGUGGGACUUUCGGUGGUCAUCACCAUCAUUGUGCUCAACGUGCACUACCGAAAGCCCAGCACACAUAAAAUGGCCCAGUGGGUGCGACAGAUUUUUAUACGGCGGCUGCCGAAGUUGCUAUUGAUGCGUGUCCCCGAGCAGCUGCUUGAGGACAUGGCGUCCGGCACGACCAUCAAUGACACGAUGAUGCGUCGCACGGCAGCCGCCAGGCAGACGGCGUCCGGUCUGCGACCAGUGUCACCGCCGUUGCCCCUCAGCAACGGCCUCAGCAAUCGCUUCGGGGGCGGCCUGUCCGCCUUCAACGGCUUCUCGUCCGCGCUGGACGCGCACAGUGACGGCAGCGAUUUGCUGCUGGACGGCGGACACCGCCGCAAGUACCCGUUCGAGCUCGAGAAGGCCAUCCACAAUGUCAUGUUCAUCCAACACCACAUGCAGCGACAGGACGAGUUUGACGCGGAAGAUCAGGACUGGGGUUUUGUGGCGAUGGUGCUUGACCGUCUUUUCCUAUGGGUCUUCAACAUCGCCUCUGCCGCAGGAAUUGUGCUCAUCCUGUUCGAGGCGCCCGCCCUGUACGACAACACCGAGCCCAUCGACAUUCGCAUCUCGGAGGUUUACAAAAAGCAGUUCCUGCUCGAGGUCGAUAUCUGAAUCAAUCAAUCAAUCAACCACCCGCACACCACUUUUAAAUAAAUAUCACCCCCCGCAUAUUUGUAUAUUGAGAAAAGCAGCGUUUUCAUGUGCCAAAAAUUUCAGUUCAGCAGCUCGACAAUUUCUCAACUUGAGAAUAUUUGUAUAAUAAUGUAGAGAAAAGAUAUUCUAAAAAAAAAAAUGAAGCGCGCGCAAAGUUGUUUUAUAGAGAAGCACCAUUUAUUCGCAUACGUAAAUUUACCUACUUGUCAUAAAUUAAAAAAGAAAUAAACUUCAUAUAAAUUGACAUACAUCAAUAUCCGCCAAAUUAUUUGACGUCAAAAGUAUAAUUUUUGUAUUUAAAAUAUCAACAAAUAAAAUAAUUUUUUUAACAUAAAGAGAGACAUAAAAGGUUAACAGAAGUGUUGCUCAUUGUGAUUUUUAAGAGCCAGAAAAUUAAUAAUACAAUAAAAUGCAUUUUUAAAAAUUUAUAAUUAAGUUAAUGAAAAUAGAAAAUAAAACAGUAUUCCUGGCUCUCGGUAUGUUACCUGCAUUCAUCAGCGCAUGAACUUAAAUUACUCAUAUUUGAAUAAAAACUAAAUUUAUAUGUGUAAAUAGCUAUAAAUUUUGCUGUGGUGCUGUUAAUCGUUUAAUAAAGUUAUUCCCACACACUUUACACAAAAAAGCAUGAAAGGCAAAAAGAAAGGAACUGACACUGUCUUUCUAAGAUGUAAGUCCGUUCUUCCAAAAAUUAGGGUAGAACCCGCAGAUAAAAAAUUUAUUUGAAGAAAAAUAAGAAAAUACCCAAUUUUUUUUUGCAACCAGCUAUAUGACAAACCUAGAUAAAAGCUUGUCGUAAAAUAGAGCGCAUCCGAUUUAAGAAAAUGAACAAAGAUCUGAAAAAUUGGGGUCUUUUAUGACAUUGGACUUAUAAAAUUUAGUUCGUCGCAUGUGCUCAACUAGUGGAGUCAACGAACUAGCUGUCUGCGACGAUUUCCAGUGCACAAAUGUUUAAUUAUUUAUAACCAUUUUUCUGUUAUGUUGAUAAAUAAAAAGAAGUUGGUUAAU